AUGGAACGUUCUCCCAUAAAAGUUUGUCCUAACAAAUUAGUAAACUUUACAGGACAGGGAUCUCAACCAGAAUGGAACGAGACUUUCCAAUUUACCAUUUCUGACAGUGUCCCGGAAUUGGUAAUCAAGAUACUGGAUAGUGAUGCUGGUUCGGGGGAUGAUUUUGUGGGAGAGGCAAAAAUUCCUCUUGAGCCAGCAUUUAUUGAAGGAGCCAUCCCAACAACAACAUACAAUGUGGUUAAAGAUGAGGAAUUUAAAGGAGAAAUUCGAGUUGGCCUCACCUUCACUCCUGAGGAAGGGUAUGAGCGUGAUUCUUCUGCACAAGAGGAGAGCUAUGGUGGAUGGAAAGAAUCCUCGUAUUGAGGCUGAGCGGGGCUGUGGUUGGAGUUCAUUACUCAACAGUUUCGUGAAGUUGCAUGAAGAUAAACCUUUGUAUUGGCUGAUUGUGUUUGUAUCGUUUGUCAAUGAGUGAUCAUGGAGGGCUCAUUAUUUUCAUCAGCAAAAAUGUAAUUUAUUGGUGGUUUUGGAUGAUAUGGUAUUUUCCAAGUUAA